AAUUGCCCUGCUUUUCCUCACAUGAAGUCUCUCCCUAGUCCCUCCUCUCUCUGUUCUUUGUCUUAGCAAUUUUCUCUCUGUUUCUAGCAUUGGCAAGAGCAGAGCAAAACAGAGCAGAGCAGAGGCCUUUGUUUGAUUUCCAUAUCUGGGUAAAGAGAGGGGAAGAGGGAGAGAAAGAUUUGAAUUGGGUUUUUCCUUUCUUGUCUUUUUGUUUCCAUCUAAUCAUCAAUAUACAUCUCUUCUUUCGGACUACAUUGUCAAGGAAACACCCAAGAAAGAUCUAUUGUCCUUUCCUUGUUUUUAAUUCCUAGAAACCAUCCCCCAUCCCCUGUUUUCCUCUGAUCUUCUUAGAUAGAGAGUGUAAAGAUGGCUGAAAUUUCACCCAAGAUUUUGAUCCCAGAGUCAUUUCAGUUGUCCAGUGGCGAUAUUGCAGAGCAAAUAGGUUUGAUUUGGAAGCUAAUCAAAGCCCCAUUGAUUGUUCCUCUGUUGAAUCUCGGGGUUUAUGUUUGCUUGGCCAUGUCUCUCAUGCUUUUCGUGGAGAGGGUUUACAUGGGUAUUGUCAUUAUCCUUAUAAAGCUUUUCUGGAAGAAACCAGAAAAGAGGUACAAGUUUGAGCCAAUUCAGGACGAUGAAGAACUUGGAGGCUCAAAUUUCCCUGUAGUUCUUGUUCAAAUCCCAAUGUUCAAUGAAAGAGAGGUUUACAAGAUCUCCAUUGGAGCUGCUUGUGGACUUUCAUGGCCGUCCGAUCGUCUCGUGAUCCAAGUCCUUGAUGAUUCAACUGACCCUGUUAUCAAGCAAAUGGUGGAGCAAGAGUGCCGGACGUGGGCUAGCAAAGGCAUAAACAUAGUGUACCAAAUUAGAGAGACCAGAGGCGGCUAUAAAGCCGGCGCCCUAAAAGAAGGCCUGAAGAGAAGCUACGUGAAAAACUGCGAAUACGUCGUCAUCUUUGAUGCCGACUUCAGGCCAGAACCGGACUUCCUUCGGCGAAGCAUUCCUUUCUUGGUCCAUAAUCCUGACAUUGGACUGGUUCAAGCUCGCUGGAGAUUCGUGAAUGCAGAUGAGUGCUUGUUGACAAGAAUGCAGGAAAUGUCAUUGGAUUACCAUUUCAAAGUGGAGCAAGAAGUUGGAUCAGCAACUUAUGCAUUCUUUGGUUUCAAUGGAACUGCUGGAAUAUGGAGAAUUGCAGCUAUUAACGAGGCAGGUGGGUGGAAGGACAGGACAACAGUGGAGGACAUGGACCUUGCUGUCCGAGCUAGUCUUCGUGGAUGGAAAUUUGUCUACCUAGGUGGCCUCCAGGUGAAAAGCGAACUUCCUAGUACAUUUAAGGCCUUUCGAUUCCAGCAGCACCGAUGGUCCUGUGGUCCUGCCAAUUUGUUUAGGAAAAUGGUUUGGGAGAUUGCUACAAACAAGAAAGUGAAAUUCUGGAAGAAGGUUUAUGUUAUCUACAGCUUCUUCUUUGUCCGCAAGGUCAUUGCCCAUAUGGUCACAUUUCUCUUUUACUGUGUGGUUCUUCCCUUGACCAUUUUGAUUCCGGAAGUUGAAGUACCUGUCUGGGGAGCAGUUUAUAUUCCUUCAAUUAUCACCAUUCUAAAUUCAGUUGGAACACCAAGGUCUAUCCAUCUGUUGUUUUACUGGAUCCUUUUUGAGAAUGUGAUGUCCCUACACCGGACUAAGGGAACAUUGAUUGGUCUGCUAGAGGCUGGUAGGGUCAAUGAAUGGGUUGUCACCGAGAAGUUGGGAGAUACACUCAAGAAACAGGAAGCUGCCAAGAAGGCAAAUGUUAAAGCUCCCCGAAAGUUCUGUUCCAGAUUCAAGUUUGCUGACAGGCUGAAUAUAUUGGAGUUAGGAUUUGCUGCAUUCCUCUUCCUUUGCGGAUGCUAUGAUUUUGUUCAUGGGAAGAACAACUACUUUGUAUACCUCUUCCUUCAAGCAAUUACCUUCUUCAUCACAGGAAUUGGCUAUGUGGGCACCAUCAUAUAGUUCCAUACACCCUGUGGUGUGUCAGUUUUCCUCUCCCUCUUAGUCAAAUUAUAAGUGGGGGACUCUGUCUGCAGCAUUUAACUUCCAAUUAAUUCCCCAUUUUAGCUCAUUCAGAAACACAAAUAGCUCAUUCAUCAAAAAUGUCAGCACAAAAGCUUUUGCCAGUCUUCCUUAAAAAAGGAGUGUACCCAGAAUUUACAAGAAAAGCUGUUUUUGUGACAACGAAUUACACAGAAUCAAGGAGAAGGAAAAUGCAGAAACAGAUUCUGAUAUAAACAGCAGGGGGACUGUGUUCUUUUCUUUGAAUAUUUUGUUCUUCAAUUGUGAGGAUUUUUUCCAUUCUCUUUUUUCUUUCUUCUUAAGUUCCUUUUUCUUAGUCUUAUUUAAGUUUUGUGAGGGGAAUAAGUAAUGAAUCUAGGGCAGGGUGAACUUGUAAACAUAGUUAAUUUAUCAAUGACCAUUUCCAUUUUCCAACCUUUCUUUUCUAUUGCUAUAGUAGCAUGAUUCUUCCACUUAAGUAGUAAUAUGCAGUCAUUUUUUUUUCUUCUUUUCAAGAGGGAUUUAUGUAGCAUGAUUCUUCCACUUAAGUAGUAAUAUGGAGUCUUUUUUUUUUCUUCUUUCCAAGAGGGAUUUAUGUAUCAUGAUUCUUACACCUAAGUAAUAAUAUGGAGUCAAUUUUUGUUUUCUUCUUUUCAAGAGAGAUUUAUGAUUAAAUUCUCAAUUUCUCC